UUUUGUUUUGAGAUGCACGUCACGUAACUGUGAAAUUAAGCUCGGUUACCUUUACUGGUUUAACAGAAAUUCAUCCGGACGAAUCAUGGUUUAAGAGUUAACAAGAAUUUAAGGAGUAAAGCAUUAGUAAUUGUAAAAUCAUCACGAUUAUGGAAAUAUAGCAGGCACCACUACAUUCUCUUUUAUUCUAACCUGACAUGAUAGUUAAGAGAUGUUUCGCAGUGGUCAUGGUUCACAGGAGAGGACAGGAACGGAUACAUUUUCAGAAACGGAAAAUAAAGAGAUUUUAACAGUUACCUGCCAUGAACAACCAACAGACAAUUUAGAGAUGUUCCACGGCGGACAGGACAAGACAGUAACAAAUAUGGUUUCUGAUAUCGACAUCUCCCCUGAAUAACCAACAGACAAUUUAGAGAUGAUCCACGGUGGACAGGACAAGGCAGAAACAAAUAUGGUUUCUGAUACUGAAAAGAAAGAUAGACUAACCGUCAUCCCUCUUGAUCAGACCAGUACAGAUCGUCUGAUGGACAUGGCAUGUCAGACUAGUACAGACCAACUAAUGGACACGGCAUAUCAGACUAGGGAGAAGGUUGAUGUUGGUAAUGAAUGUGGUAAAGAGUACCAGGGUAAUGAUUGCGAUAAAGAAUGUCAUGGUAAUGUUUGCGCUAAUGAGUGCAAAACUAGUGCAGGUGGUAAACUGUGCCAAGGAAAGGCAUACUGUAACUUAUGUAAUAAAGGAUGUUGUAAGUCUCGCAUUUCAAAACAUAAAGGCAAUAAACCUUUUAAAUGUGGAGUGUGUGAAGUAGAUUUCAGUAGGAAGGAACACCUAGAAAUGCACAUGAGAACACAUACAGGUGCUAAACCAUACAAAUGUGAUAUGUGUGAAAAUGCAUAUAGUCGAGGUCAUCACUUACGGAUUCAUAUGAGAACACAUACAGGCGCUAAACCAUUCAAAUGUGAUCUAUGCGAUAAGGCGUUUAGUCAGCGUUCUCACUUAAAGAGACACAUGAAAACACAUUCAAGUGAAAAACCGAGUAAAAUAUGUAAAUGUGAUGUAUGUGAAAGGGAAUUUAGUCAGCGUUCUCACUUAAAGAGACACAUGAGAACACACACUGGCGAUAAACCUUAUCAAUGUGAGUUAUGUGAUAAAGCUUUCUGUAGAAGGGAACACUUACAAAUACACACGAGAAUACACACUGGUGAUAAACCGUUUGCAUGUGAUAUAUGUGGUAGAGGUUUUACUUGUGAAAACGACAAACGAAGGCAUUUUAAACAUGAUGCACAUGAUGGAGGACCUUAUAAAUGUGAUAUUUGUGAUAAAGAUUUUGUUCGGAAACUAAACUUAAAAGAACACAUGAGAACACAUACGGGUGAAAAAGCAUAUAUGUGUGAGAUAUGUGGUCAAACAUUUAGCAUGUCAAUUUCUUAUGCUACACACGUGGCAAAACAUAAUGCUGAGAAGGCCAAAUUACUUUAGUUCAAAACAGAUAAGGAAUUUCUAUAGCCAUGAUAGCUGACAUUCCAUCCUACAUGUAUAUAUAUAUUUAAAGGAGGAACCUCUACACAACUUACCUUUUUGUAUGGACUUACCUUAAUAAACGUUUGAGCUAUUUUUAUACGACCGCAAAAGUAUAUUGGUAUGACGUUGGCGUCGUCGUCGUCGUCCGAAGACACAUUGUUUUUCGCUCUCUAACUUUAGUUUAAGUAAAUUGAUCUCUUUGAAAUUUUACCAUAAGGUUCAAUACCACAAAAGGAAGGCUGGGAUUGAUUUUGGGGGUUAUGGUACCAACAGUUAAGGAAUAAGGGGCCAAAAAGGGGCCAAAAAUAAGCAUUUUUGUAACUUCCAGACAUAACUUGUGUGUUAGUGUAUGGAUCUCUGACAUUGUACCACAAGGUUCCAUAUCACACAGGGAAUGCUGGGAUUGAUUUUGGGGGUAAUUGCCUCAAAAUUUUAGGAAUUAGGGGCCAAAAAAACAAGCAUUUUUCUAGUUUCAUGACAAUAACUUGUGUGUAAGUGUAUGUAUCUUUCUUAAAUUCUACUACAAGGUUCCAUAUCACAAAGGGAAAGCUGGAAUUUAGUUUGGGGGUAAUUGCCCAAAACAUUUAGGAAUAAGGGGCCAAAAAGGGGCCAAAAAUAAGCAUUUUUCUAAGUUUCCAGACAAUAACUUGUGUUCAAGUGUAUGGAUCUCUCUGAAAUUGUACUGCAAGCUAUCAUACCACAAAGGGAAGGCUGGGAUGGAUUUUGGGGGCAAUUGCUUCAAAAUUGUAGGAAUUAGGGGCCAAAAAAGGGGCAAAAAACAAGCAUUUUUCUAGUUUCAGGACAAUAACUUGUGUGUUAGUGUAUGUAUCUUUAUGAAAUUGUACUACAAGGUUCCAUAUCACAAAGGGUAAGCUGAGUUUGAGUUUGGGGGUAAUUGCCCUAAAUGUUUAGGAAUUUUGGACCAAAAAGGGGCCAAAAAAACAAGCAUUUUUCUAAGUUUCCAGACAAUAACUUGUGUUCAAGAAUAUGGAUCUCUCUGAAAUUGUACUGCAGAUACCAUACCACAAAGGGAAGGCUGGG